GUAUAGUGUAUGAGCGAUCAGUUGGAGCUUGUGCUUUGCAGUAAACAGAUGUUGUUUAUGGAUCGCUGAUGUGCUCGUGCAGACACGAUCGUUACUAACUAUAUACAUUAUCACUGAUAUAUAUUUUAAUCACAGCCAUGGAGACCUCCAAGCCAGUCAUCAAAUAUACGAAGUUAUUCAUCGAUAAUGAAUUUGUGGAUUCCGUUAGCGGCAAACAAUUCCAAGCGAUUAAUCCAGCAACCGAAGAAGUUAUUGCUAAUGUAUCCGAAGGAGAUAAGGCCGACGUUGAUAAAGCCGUAGAGGCAGCUAAAAGAGCAUUCGCAAGAAAUUCCAAGUGGCGCUCAAUGGAUGCGUCCGAUAGAGGGAAAUUGAUGUUUAAUCUCGCCAAUCUCAUUGAACGGGAUAUUCAGUAUUUGGCAAGCAUUGAAACGCUCAACAAUGGAAAAACAUUCGUUAGCUCGGUGGAGGACAUUAAAGCAACCAUCAACGUCCUUCGAUAUUAUGCUGGCUGGUGCGACAAAAUUCACGGGUCGACUAUUCCAGUCGGCAAUGGUUAUGUAUCAAUGACGCGAAAGGAGCCCGUCGGCGUUGUCGGCCAAAUCAUCCCGUGGAAUUACCCGAUAAUGAUGAUCUCGUGGAAAUGGGGUCCAGCGCUCGCGGCCGGCUGCACAAUCGUCCUAAAACCGGCCGAACAGACGCCCUUGAGUGCGCUGUACCUGGCCGCCCUUACCAAGGAGGCCGGUUUCCCAUCAGGAGUCAUUAACGUCGUUAACGGUUACGGGCCGACUGCCGGGGCUGCGAUCGCGGAGCAUCAGGACGUGCGGAAGGUCGCCUUCACCGGAUCCACCGAGGUUGGACGCAUCAUCAUGCAAGCGGCUGGUAAAAGCAAUUUGAAACGAGUUAGUUUGGAGCUCGGUGGAAAAAGUCCUUUGGUCGUCUGUGCUGACGCCGAUGUUAAAGAAGCCGCCAAUAUCGCUUACCAUGCGUUAUUUGAUAAUCAUGGGCAAAGUUGCUGUGCUGGAUCGCGCACUUUUGUUCAUUCAAGUAUUUAUGAUGAAUUUGUAAAUGAGGCGAAACGGUUGGUAGCGAAUAGGAAAGUUGGAGAUCCGUUCGAUAAGAAUACCGAUCAAGGACCACAGAUCGAUGCGGACAUGUUCAAUAAAGUGUUAGGAUUAAUUGAGUCGGGAAAGAAAGAGGGCGCGACAUUGAUUGUUGGUGGUGAUCGUGUCGGUAAUGCAGGAUACUUUAUUCAACCUACUGUAUUUAGUAAUGUUGCGGAUAACAUGAGAAUUGCACAGGAAGAAAUCUUUGGGCCUGUUCAAUCUAUCUUCAAGUUUACCGAUAUCGAGGAAGCCAUUAGGAGAGCAAAUAAAACUUCAUACGGUCUUGCAGCUGGUAUUAUUACUAAGGAUAUCAAUAAAGCUCUAUCCUUCGCCAAUGCGGUAGAAGCAGGAAGCGUUUGGAUUAAUGGUUAUGAUCUAAUUUCUGCUCAUACACCUUUCGGUGGAUAUAAAAUGUCUGGAAUUGGACGAGAAUUAGGUGAGGAGGGACUCAAUGAAUAUCUUGAAAUCAAAACAAUAACUAUUUAUACGGCUUCCACAUAAAUUUACAAUUGAUUCAGAGGACAUCGUAUACUGCACAAAUGAAGGUGUUUUUAUAUUAUACAGGCUUAUAUAUUGCUACAUAUUUGUUAAAUAAAAUUUAACAAAUAAUCUCGAUAAGAAGGAAAUUUUUACAGUUUCACAGAUAUAUUAAAAUACUUAUAUUUAAAUUUUAAUUAAUCAUUUAAUUUACCUACCAAGUUUAAUUUUUAUUAACAU